GUACUCGCGUGAACUUGAGAAUCAAUGCCCUGAGGAGGCUCCGUAAUCCUAUAGUUUACUUAUGUCGAAUGUCAGUGUGCAAUUCCGUAAUAAUGUACAUUAAUUUAUUCCUUCAUAUUUACAUUUUCGUUAAUAAUUUCAAUAAAAGCAAGUGCAUUAUAAAUAUAAUGAGUAAGAGUAUCAGUGGGACAUUUAUAUGCGAAUUAUUAACAUUCUAGGAUUGGUCCAGAAAAUAUGUUGACGCAGCACACUGUUGUCACAGAGUCUGUGGCCUCUGCCAUUGACACACUACCUUUGGGAUUUAUUAUUUCUGAUGAUGGACAUACACUAUUAGCAGUAACUGAAAGAGAUAAUGGUACUGUGGAAUUCAUGACAGUCCCAGUGGCUUUUAUACACCAGAACCGUACUGCAGUACAAUCUACGCUAAAAGGAAAUAAUGAAAAUUCAAUUUUUCAAAUUAGUUUGGAUGGUGAUGUUACUACAGGAAUCCAACAUAAUACAUUUGUACCUACACAGCCUUGUCCACCAAUACCUAUUAUUACAAACGAGACCCAAGUAUCUGAAGCUGAAAAAAAAAAUCAAAUAGAAACUGACAUAGAACAAUAUGGUAAUCCAAGUUCAUUGGAUUUAAAAAAUCCAAUUCCAAAUAAGUCAUCAGGAAAUCUUGGAUCCGAAUCUCUAAUCCCUAUUGAAAAACCAGUUGCAAAGAGAAGUCCUGGUCGGCCCAGAAAAGAUGAGACUAUACUUUCUAUUAAAUCAAAUAACUUGCAAUGUGAAAUUUGUGGUCAAGAAUUUACUCGACAAAUGUUGUAUAAAAAACAUAUCGAACAUCAUGCUGAAGAAAAGCCACAUCGUUGCCCAAAGUGUCCUGCUUCUUUUAAUGUCCCUACGAAUUUCACGCUUCAUAUGGCCACACACAACACUGGGGAGCCAAAGUGUCCUGAAUGUGGUAGAAAGUUUGCCAGAAUGGCAAGUCUGAAAUCACAUAUGUUGCUACAUGAAAAGGAGGAGAACCUCUUCUGUACUGAAUGCGAGGAUGCAUUUUCCACAAAAGCACAGCUUGAUGCACAUUUGAAACUUCACAAUGAAAAGUGGUCAACGGAGGAUGUGCGAAAAUGCAAGCUUUGCAAUAAACAAUUUACCCAGCCAGCCCUUUAUCGACUUCACAUACGAGAGCAUUACAGAUUGCAAACCAAGAUAGUGAAACACACAAAAAGAGGCACGAAGCACAAAACUAUGUAUAAGUGCAAAAUAUGCCUAAAGUCUUUCCAAAAACCAAGCCAGCUGAUGAGACACAUUAGAGUGCAUACUGGCGAAAAACCCUUUAAGUGUAAUGUCUGUAGUCGAGCUUUCACGCAGAAAGGAUCUCUACAAAUUCACAUGUGGAAACAUAACGGCAUACGGCCCCAUGGAUGUACAUUGUGCAGUGCCAAAUUCAGUCAAAAGGGUAAUCUGAAUGCUCAUAUACUCAGAGUGCACAGCGUGCCAGAAGGCGAACCAAUUUAUAGAUGCACCUAUUGUUCUUGCGUCUUCAAAAAACUGGGUAGCCUCAAUGGACACAUGAAAAGGAUGCACUCAAAUCCCGUGGAGGACAAAACGAGUUACGACCAUUCCACGGAAGCAGAUAUGCAAGCCACCGUGGAUACUGUAAUCUCACAGUUAGCCUCGUUGGAGUCUGGCAUAAAGCAUUCAAUGAAUCCGACUGACAACACAGCAGUCCAAAUUUGUAAGAAUGAUAUCCUUCAACAAGCACUGAAGAACAGCGGACUAUCUAGUAAGGAGAAAAAUUUAAACACCAAUGGUGCAUCAAACUUGAAGAAAGUUGAGGCUGAGACUACUUUAGUGACUCUAUUGGACAGAACUACUGAUGGUUCCAUGAGGAAGUAUAUCACAAUUAAGCAACGAAGUAUAGGAAGUAUAAGAUGGUACACGUGUUCCUACUGUCAUAAAGAAUUCAAGAAGCCAUCUGAUUUAAUACGUCAUUUACGGGUGCAUACACAAGAAAAACCUUUUAAGUGUUCGCAUUGUUUUCGCUCAUUUGCUUUAAAGUCCACAAUGAUGGCACACGAACGUACUCAUAUGGGUGCAAAGAAGUAUGAAUGUAACUCGUGCGAUAAAUUAUUUGCGUGUCAUAGCAGUUUCACAUCUCACAUCAGAUUGCACGCCAAGUCUCAUAGAUGCACUAUUUGUGAUAAAUUCUUCACCUCGAGUACAGUCUUGAGAAGUCAUAUGAAGAUUCAUACGCCAGAAAACUCUCAAAUAUCGGCCGAGGCGGAAAUUCUGGCGCCGCAAAUCGUCCUGGAGGAACCGCUUAUUAUUAGCGAUGCCGGAAAUAAAAUCAGUGUUGCUCAGGUUCAAUCGAAACAAAGACAAAUUUAUAAUAAUGGUGAUGUGGCAAGACCGCACAAGUGUUGGGUUUGUCCUGCGGCAUUUAGAAAGAUCAGUCACCUAAAACAGCACUAUCGGAGACAUACAGGAGAACGACCAUACAAAUGUCAAAAAUGCGACAGGAGAUUUACUUCGAACAGCGUAUUGAAAUCUCAUUUACAUACUCACGAAGACUCGAGACCUCAUAGCUGCUCCAUAUGUGGGGCAAAAUUUUCCACACAAAGUAGUAUGAAGAGACACUUGGUGACACAUAGCAACAAAAGACCAUUUAUGUGCCCUUACUGCCACAAAACUUUUAAAACGUCCGUCAAUUGCCGAAAACAUAUGAAAAUUCAUAAACACGAAUUGGCACAACAGCAAUUAGAACAGCAGAGAACACCACAGACAUCGCAGCUCCCUUUGAUAGAGGACAAACGUGAAAUUACCUGUUUGUCUAAUAAUCUUGAAUUGACUAAUGAAAUGGAAGUAACGUUUCAGCCGCAAAUUACUCCGGAUUUUACUCAGGCAUUUUCGGAUCAAUUCCAAGGUAUCGGUAUGGAUAAGGACAAAACAUUCCUCUCUCAAAAUGAUACAACGCAACCAAUAGUCAGUGAAAGUUUAUCUGAAGCGGACACGGUCCCUUUAGGAUCAUCACAGACCUUGCAUGCUGAUGAAACUGGCACUAUUACACUGCCUAACUAUUCUGGCGAUCAAACAUUAACACCGGAAAGUAUACGAGAAAUUGAAGAAACAUUAAAUCAGCAGUUGUUUAAUAUAGGAAUGAAUUUAGGUUUAGAAAAUAAUCUAACGAGGCAGAUUAACGAGCCUAGUGCGGUCUCUUUGGAUAUGAGGGAGCAACCUGUAUUAAAUAUAAUAUACGACAAUAACAAAGGCAUAGAAUCAUCAAGUUCUAGUGCAAUUAGUGGAAAUAUGUUUCCCACACAGUUCGAUACGUUUGAUAUAAGUCAUAUUGCUUUGCAGGCUGACACCGAACUAGAUAUAGGAAUUAGUUCAGCCAAUUCAACAAGUAUGGCUAGUAUUCUGCCACGAUCAGCACAAGAAGAACAACGUCUCGUACCAGCAAAGACAAUAGUCAAUAUUGAGGAUGGACAAACAAAAGCAUCCAGACACCUCAUGGUUGUAAGUUCGACGCAAUCUUGUCCAGAAUUAUCACGACCUGUUCAAGCUUGUCCAAAAUACUCUAAAGUCAUUGCAAAGGCUGACACGACAGAUGAAUUGGAAAUUCAAAAUGUCGACAACGAAGUAAAAAAUCGAGAUGAAAUGAAAAUAUUUGACAAUCAUGAUGAAGAAAUUGCGACGUUUACGUGUGACAUAUGUGAUAAAAUCUUCCAUAAACAAAGUCAGCUAAAAACUCAUAUGAAGACUCAUAUAUUACGUGAAAGUGUCGAUCAAAAUAAAGACGACUUGUUAAUAGUUAGCGAAACAGAUUCCCUCUUACAGUGUCAUAUGUGCAGUAAAAAGGGUUUCGCUGCAGCCGCAUUAAAAGAACACUUAAAAACUCAUCGGGGCACGAAGGAAUUCCAAUGUACAGAAUGUUCCUUAAGAUUCUGUACAAACGGUGGACUGAGUAGACAUCUAAAAAUGCAUGCAAGCAGACAACAAUGGAAAUGUACGGUUUGUAACAAAACAUUUUCAAGUAAAAUACAUUUAAAGUCCCACCGACAAAUCCAUGAAGUCAACUGGAAUACAAAUUCAAUAGAGCCUGAUAGUUCGCAAAAAGAGCCAUUAACGAGAAGUACGGAUUUUCUGUCAAAUUUUAAUCUUAACGUUACCACAGGAAAUGAUUCAUCAGUUUCCCAAAAAGUCUUACUCGAUACCGUAGCAGAAAAGGAUAUAAUCGAUCAUUCAAAUGAACAAAAUGAGAAGAAAGAGAAACAAGAGUAUACAAACAAGUGUAAAUUCUGUCCGAAAACAUUUCGGAAACCAAGCGACCUAAUAAGACAUGUUCGUACGCAUACUGGAGAACGACCGUAUCAAUGCGAAUAUUGUAACAAAAGUUUUGCAGUAAAAUGUACAUUGGACUGCCAUCUGAAAGUGCAUACAGGGAAAAAAACAUUUUCGUGUCACGUAUGCAACAGUUUAUUCGCAACUAAGGGCAGCCUUAAGGUCCAUAUGCGACUCCACACAGGUUCCAAACCAUUUAGGUGUCUGCUGUGUGAUCUACGAUUCAGAACCUCGGGACACAGAAAAGUUCAUCUACUGACCCAUAUGAGAGAACACAAAGAUGGACCAAAGCGAAAACCAAAGCAGUCGAAGUUUAGCACUAUCGCAGGUGUUGCUGCAGAAUUGGAGAAGACAGUAGAAAGUGAAAUAAACGACGACACUACUAUAAUUAGUGAGGCUGCACAACCAACCGAGUACUCAAAUCUCGAUUCAAUUACUAUUGACACUGCAGAACUUACCGAUCAAAUUACGUUUAAUGCCGAUGGCACAAUAUUGAACAACAAUUCCAUGUUGUCAGUCAAUGAAAGUAACCAAUUGGUGGCCAAUUUGCAUUUCCUCCUUGCAAAUGGUCUUGUAACUAUUCAAACCGAUGAGUCCCUUUUACCGCAUCUCCCAAACAGCGAUUCCCAGGUCAUCCAAACUGAAACUAGUAUUACUGAACUCGUCACGUCUGAAGUGCUAGAACACGUAACCUGCACCGACACCAAUUCUAACAUCGGUAUAACGACAGGAUCGUGUAACGACGCUAUUUCAGAGACUGUUUCCCGAACUAUUUCUGAGACUAUUCCUCAUAAUUUACCCAAAGAAAUUCCACAAACCAUUAGUGAUGUUGUUUCUGAAGCGAAAAAAGCAACGUUACACUUUGAUCAGUGUACGGAGUUGAUGCAGGUGGAUAAUGGAGAUAUGAACGUGAAUACGGGAUUAAAUAAGGAGGAAAGCGUACAGAGUGUUCGUAAACAAGGAGCACAGAGUAGUCAGUCCCGCAAGGAGUGCGAUAUUUGUGGAAAGACAUUUAUGAAACCGUGUCAGGUGGAGAGACACAAACGAAUUCAUACCGGAGAGAGACCUUAUAAGUGUAAUUUAUGCACCAAGUCAUUUGCCCAAAAAGCAACAUUACAAAUGCAUCAGAAACAUCACACUGGAGACAGGCCCCAUCCUUGCCCCCAUUGCGACUACUCUUUUACACAGAAAUGCAAUUUGCAAACUCAUCUCAAGCGUGUUCACCAGUUAGACACCUUGGAAGUAAAAAAGUUACGACGCGGUCAACAGGUAUUAAGUGCUAAGUCAAUGCAAGAUAAUCUGGAUGAUACUAGAAUACUCAGCUUGGAUGAUAUUUCGUUUGUGGACUUCUUGAAGUAAGUAUCUUUGGUCAGUUUCAUUGCAAAAUAAAUAGAAAUCCAAGUACUGUGUACAUAAUAUUGAUCAAGAAAUAUUAUAAACGCGCUUCAAAAACAAAUCAUGUUUGUGUGAUGUUACACUUCUAAUUUGCAUUAUUAACGCUUAAUUCCAAUUUUAUUACUUUACUUUGCAAUUAAGAAAGUCUGAAAAUGCCGUAUUGUACAAGUUUUUGUGAGAAAUUCUCCACGAUUCAAAUGUACAUAGUCUGUAAAAUAACGAUACAAUUUAAAAUAUAUAAUUGCUCCUAAGGUAGUAUAAAUAUACCGUUUCAAUGCGAAAUUAAAGAUACAUUUUAUUAAAAUUUUGUAAUGACAAUAUUUUGUAUCUUAUUAACGAUACACUUCUCAGUGUUCAUUUGUGUUCUUUUCAUUAUUAGUUAUCUAUCAUGUACAGUGUAACAAUUUUUUUUCAAUAAACUAACUAUAAUUAUAUAAACAA